ACCCACACUGUGCCCAGCGGAUCCCUGUUCCUCCCUCCCGGACUCCCCACUCUCCGGCCUUUCCCGGGCCACUGAAGAAAGAGCAAGAUGAAUACAGAGCCUAAGAGGAAGUUUGGUGUGGUGGUGGUUGGUGUUGGCAGAGCUGGCUCCCUGCGGAUGAGGGACUUACGGAGUCCACAUGAGUCCUCGGCGCUCCUGAACCUGAUUGGCUUCGUGUCCAGACGGGAGCUUGGGAACAUUGAUGGCGUUCGGCAGAUUUCUUUGGAAGAUGCUCUCUCCAGCCCAGAGGUUGAGGUUGCCUACAUCUGCAGUGAAAGCGCCAGUCAUGAGCACCACAUCAGGCAGUUCCUUGACGCUGGCAAGCACGUCUUAGUGGAGUACCCCAUGACGCUGUCUCUGGCGGGAGCUCAGGAGCUGUGGGCCCUGGCGGAGCAGAAAGGAAAAAUCUUGCAUGAGGAGCAUGUGGAACUCUUGAUGGAGGAAUUUGCAUUCCUGAAAAAAGAAGUGGUAGGGAAAGAGCUACUGAAAGGAUCCCUUCUCUUCACAGCUGCCCCACUGGAAGAAGAGCGGUUCGGCUUCCCUGCCUUUAGUGGCAUCUCUCGCCUGACUUGGCUGGUCUCUCUCUUCGGGGAGCUUUCUCUCGUGUCUGCCACUCUGGAGGAGCGGAAGGAAGAGAAGUACAUGAAAAUGACCGUUUCCCUGGAGACCAAGAACAAAUGCCCACUGUCAUGGAUUGAAGAGAAAGGACCUGGUCUAAAACGAAACCGAUAUUUAAGUUUCCAUUUCAAAUCUGGGUCCCUGGAGAAUGUGCCAAAUGUGGGAAUCAAUAAGAACAUUUUCUUGAAAGACCAAAAUAUAUUUGUCCAGAAACUGUUGGGCCAAGUCUCCGAGAAGGAGCUGGCUGCUGAAAAGAAACGCAUCCUACAUUGCCUGGCACUGGCAGAAGAGAUCCAGAAGUUCUGCCACUCAAAGAAGUAAGAGAAGGAAGUGACAUGGUACCUCCCAGGUGGGAGCAGAGUUUGGGUUUCGUCAAGAGUUGACCUUUAGUUCUGUUCUUCCAGUGGAUUGGAUAAACAGGAUUCACUUACUCUAAUGAGCUGUGUUGGUGUGAUAUUUUUGGGCUGAGGUUGUAUAGUAAGGGUGAGAA